GCAGAGCGCACGGCGCUGGCUCGGAAGAGGAGAAGCCGCCGCUCGCCGCCGCCUUUCAGCCUCGCUGUCCCCCGGUAUUUCCCCCACGCCCGCCUUCUCCCGUUCCUGGAUCUUGACUCGGGAGAGAGACAUUUGAGCGCCCCGGACAUUUUUCGUCCUCCCGCCCUUCUCGGGGGAUGCGCUUUCGCCCCUCUCCUCCACUUCCCUGCGCGGUGGCUUUGAGUUUCUCCCCCCGGACCCCUCGGCUUUCCAGAGACAAGAACCAGGCGGAGAAAGCGAGCGGGAGACCGGGGAGAGCCCAGCACUUCUCCGAGUCGGCCGCCGCCGCCGCCGGUGCGCUGAAUUCUUGGGCAGGAGCCCGGAUGUUCUCUGAGGAUGCUUUGCAAUUGUACUAGAGGAGGCAAUACUGGAGCGAAUCAGGGUUUGGGCUUUGAUGCAAUCAUGGGAAUCAGGUAAUAACCGACCGGGGGAAUUUAAUCGCCGCAGCAGCUUCGGUUUCUUCCUCGAACUGCUCCCCCUUCCAGCGACCUCGGCUGUUUGGGAUUUGGAGGAAUUAACACUAGAACUCCGACUUGGGUGAUUAUUGUUGUUGCUACCGGUCCCUCGUUCCUCUACUUAAAUGGUCAAUGAAAACAAGAGGAUGUACAUUCCAGAAGAAAACCACCAAGGUUCCAACUAUGUGAGUCCCCGUCCGGCUCAUGCCAACAUGAAUGCCAAUGCAGCAACAGGGCUGGCACCUGAGCAUAUCCCUACUCCGGGUGCAGCCCUCUCCUGGCAGGCUGCUAUCGAUGCUGCCAGGCAGGCCAAGUUGAUGGGUGCUGCUGGCAAUGCAACCAUAUCCACCGCUAGCUCCACACAGAGGAAACGGCAACAGUAUGGGAAACAGAAAAAACAGGGUACCACGACAGCUACGCGUCCUCCCCGGGCACUGCUGUGUUUAACGCUGAAAAACCCCAUCCGGAGGGCAUGUAUCAGUAUUGUUGAAUGGAAAUAUCCUUUUCUGAUACCAUUUGAAAUUAUUAUUUUACUGACUAUUUUUGCCAAUUGUGUGGCCUUAGCUAUCUAUAUCCCCUUUCCAGAAGAUGAUUCCAAUGCCACCAAUUCCAAUCUGGAACGAGUGGAAUAUCUCUUUCUCAUAAUUUUUACAGUGGAAGCAUUUUUAAAAGUAAUAGCAUAUGGACUUCUCUUUCAUCCUAACGCUUACCUCCGCAAUGGCUGGAAUUUACUAGAUUUUAUAAUUGUGGUAGUAGGGCUUUUUAGUGCAAUUUUAGAACAAGCAACCAAAGCAGAUGGGGUAAAUUCACUAGGAGGCAAAGGGGCUGGAUUUGAUGUUAAAGCACUUCGGGCUUUCCGAGUACUGCGCCCUUUACGGCUGGUAUCUGGAGUUCCUAGCCUUCAGGUGGUGUUAAAUUCCAUUAUCAAGGCCAUGGUCCCAUUGCUGCACAUUGCCCUGCUGGUGCUGUUUGUCAUAAUUAUCUAUGCCAUCAUUGGGCUAGAGCUGUUCAUGGGAAAGAUGCACAAGACCUGCUACAUAACAGGGAUUGCCACAGAUACACUUGCAGAAGAGGAACCUGCUCCCUGUGCUCCUAUAUCUCAACAUGGACGGCAGUGUCAGAAUGGCACUGACUGUAGGCCCAUAUGGGAGGGACCCAAACAUGGCAUUACCAACUUUGACAACUUUGCCUUUGCCAUGUUAACUGUGUUUCAGUGCAUCACCAUGGAGGGCUGGACAGAUGUGCUGUACUGGGUCAAUGAUGCCAUAGGAAGGGAGUGGCCCUGGAUCUAUUUUGUUACACUAAUCAUCAUAGGCUCAUUUUUUGUACUUAACUUGGUUCUCGGUGUACUUAGCGGGGAGUUUUCUAAAGAGAGAGAGAAAGCAAAAGCUCGGGGUGACUUUCAGAAGUUAAGAGAGAAACAACAACUGGAGGAGGACCUAAAGGGAUAUCUGGACUGGAUAACCCAAGCAGAAGAUAUAGAUCCAGAAAAUGAGGAUGAAGGCAUGGAUGAGGAGAAGCCCCGAAACAUGAGCAUGCCCACAAGUGAGACAGAAUCUGUGAACACUGACAAUGUGGCUGGAGGUGAUAUUGAAGGAGAAAACUGUGGUGCACGGCUGGCGCACCGGAUUUCUAAGUCUAAGUUUAGCCGCUACUGGCGUAGAUGGAAUCGAUUCUGCAGACGAAAAUGCCGAGCUGCUGUCAAAUCAAAUGUGUUCUACUGGCUUGUGAUCUUCCUUGUGUUCCUCAACACGCUUGCCAUUGCCUCUGAGCAUUACAACCAGCCAGACUGGCUUACUGAAGUCCAAGACACUGCGAAUAAGGUAUUGCUGGCUCUUUUCACGGCUGAGAUGCUGCUAAAGAUGUACAGUCUGGGUCUUCAGGCAUACUUUGUGUCCCUCUUCAACCGCUUUGAUUGUUUCAUCGUGUGCGGUGGAAUCCUGGAGACCAUCUUAGUGGAAACAAAGAUCAUGUCCCCACUUGGCAUCUCCGUGCUGAGAUGUGUACGACUUCUGAGAAUCUUUAAAAUCACAAGGUACUGGAAUUCCUUGAGUAAUUUGGUGGCUUCCUUGCUCAACUCGGUGCGCUCCAUUGCCUCCCUGCUGCUGCUCCUCUUCCUCUUCAUCAUCAUCUUCUCCCUCCUAGGGAUGCAGCUCUUUGGGGGCAAGUUUAACUUUGAUGAGAUGCAGACCAGGAGAAGCACCUUUGACAACUUUCCUCAGUCAUUGCUCACUGUGUUUCAGAUCCUGACUGGGGAAGACUGGAAUUCAGUGAUGUAUGAUGGGAUCAUGGCUUAUGGCGGCCCCUCUUUUCCAGGAAUGUUGGUCUGUAUUUACUUCAUCAUCCUCUUCAUCUGUGGAAACUAUAUCUUGCUGAAUGUCUUUUUGGCCAUUGCUGUGGACAAUCUUGCUGAUGCCGAAAGCUUGACAUCUGCUCAAAAGGAGGAGGAAGAGGAAAAAGAAAGGAAAAAACUAGCGAGAACUGCUAGUCCUGAAAAAAAACAGGAGCCUGAGAAGCCGGCUGUGGAGGGAGAGGCAAAGGAGGAAAAAAUUGAGCUGAAAUCAAUUACAGCUGAUGGAGAAUCUCCACCUUCUAAUAAGAGCAACACAGAUGAAUAUCAGCCUAAUGAAAAUGAAGAGAAAAAUCCCUAUCCUACUGCAGAGACACCAGGAGAGGAAGAAGAAGAAGAGCCAGAGAUGCCUGUUGGGCCUCGUCCUCGCCCUAUGUCUGAACUGCACCUCAAGGAGAAAGCAGUGCCAAUGCCAGAAGCCAGUGCUUUUUUCAUCUUCGGUCACAGCAACAGGUUUCGGGUCCACUGCCAUCGCAUCGUUAAUAACAACAUUUUCACCAACCUGAUCCUCUUUUUCAUCUUGCUCAGCAGCAUCUCUCUGGCAGCAGAGGACCCAGUUCAACAUUACUCUGUUAGAAACCAAAUCCUAGGCAAUGCAGAUUAUGUCUUCACUAGUAUCUUUACAUUAGAAAUUAUUCUUAAGAUGACUGCUUAUGGAGCCUUUCUUCACAAAGGCUCCUUCUGCAGGAACUACUUCAACAUCCUGGACCUGCUGGUGGUUAGCGUUUCUCUCAUCUCCUUCGGGAUCCAGUCUAGCGCAAUCAACGUAGUGAAGAUUUUACGAGUUUUGAGAGUCCUCAGACCAUUGCGGGCAAUCAACAGAGCAAAGGGUCUAAAGCAUGUGGUUCAAUGCGUAUUUGUAGCUAUCCGGACCAUAGGGAAUAUCGUGAUCGUGACCACCUUGCUGCAGUUCAUGUUUGCCUGCAUUGGAGUUCAGUUGUUCAAGGGCAAACUGUACAGCUGCACCGAUAGCUCCAAGCAAACAGAAGCAGAGUGCAAGGGCAAUUUUAUCACUUACAAGGAUGGAGAGGUGUCUCAACCGAUGAUUCAGGCCCGAAGCUGGGAGAAUAGCAAAUUUGAUUUUGACAAUGUCCUCACAGCUAUGAUGGCCCUUUUCACUGUUUCAACCUUUGAAGGCUGGCCAGAACUGCUGUAUCAAUCCAUAGAUUCCCAUAUGGAGGAUGUGGGGCCAAUCUAUAACCACAGGGUGGAGAUCUCAAUUUUCUUCAUUAUUUAUAUCAUCAUCAUUGCUUUCUUCAUGAUGAACAUCUUUGUUGGUUUUGUCAUCGUCACAUUUCAAGAGCAAGGAGAACAGGAAUAUAAGAACUGUGAGCUUGACAAGAACCAGCGCCAAUGUGUAGAAUAUGCCCUGAAGGCCCGGCCCCUGCGGAGGUAUAUCCCCAAAAACCAGUACCAAUAUAAAGUAUGGUAUGUGGUGAACUCCACCUAUUUUGAAUACCUGAUGUUCGUCCUCAUCUUGCUGAACACCAUCUGCCUGGCCAUGCAGCACUAUGGUCAAAGUCCUAUCUUCAAAGAAGCAAUGAACAUCCUCAACAUGCUGUUCACUGGCCUUUUCACCAUUGAGAUGGUUCUGAAGUUAAUUGCCUUCAAACCCAAGGGUUACUUUAGUGAUCCUUGGAAUAUUUUUGACUUCCUCAUCGUAAUUGGCAGCAUUAUAGACGUCAUUCUCAGUGAAACUAAUCACUAUUUCUGUGAUGCAUGGAAUACAUUUGACGCCUUGAUUGUUGUGGGUAGCAUUGUUGAUAUAGCAAUCACCGAGGUGACCAACACAGAGGACAACUCUCGCAUCUCAAUCACCUUUUUCCGACUCUUCCGUGUGAUGCGUCUGGUGAAGCUCUUGAGUCGAGGGGAGGGCAUCCGCACGCUGCUCUGGACCUUCAUCAAGUCUUUCCAGGCUCUCCCCUAUGUGGCUCUGUUAAUAGUGAUGCUGUUUUUCAUCUAUGCGGUGAUUGGGAUGCAGGUGUUUGGUAAAAUUGCACUAAAUGAUACUACAGAAAUCAACAGGAACAACAACUUUCAAACAUUUCCUCAGGCUGUGCUCCUGCUUUUCAGAUGUGCUACUGGUGAAGCUUGGCAGGAAAUCAUGCUGGCAUGCCUGCCUGAUAAGAAGUGCGAUCCUGAUUCCUUGGACCCAAACAAUUUUAUUGAAGGUGAACAUCCCUGUGGGAGCAGCUUUGCUGUAUUUUAUUUCAUCAGUUUCUACAUGCUUUGUGCCUUCCUAAUCAUUAACCUUUUUGUUGCUGUUAUCAUGGAUAAUUUUGAUUACCUAACACGUGAUUGGUCAAUUCUGGGUCCUCAUCAUCUGGAUGAGUUUAAACGGAUUUGGGCAGAAUAUGAUCCUGAAGCCAAGGGACGUAUCAAACACCUAGAUGUUGUAACACUCCUGCGUCGGAUACAACCUCCACUGGGUUUUGGAAAACUUUGUCCUCACAGGGUAGCUUGCAAGCGCCUUGUCUCUAUGAAUAUGCCAUUGAAUAGCGAUGGAACUGUUAUGUUUAAUGCAACCUUAUUUGCACUGGUUAGAACAGCACUGAGAAUCAAAACAGAAGGUAACUUGGAACAAGCCAAUGAAGAGCUGCGUGCAAUCAUUAAGAAAAUCUGGAAGCGCACUAGCAUGAAGCUGUUGGAUCAGGUUGUACCCCCAGCAGGUGAUGAUGAAGUCACAGUUGGAAAAUUCUAUGCCACAUUCCUGAUUCAGGAGUAUUUCCGGAAAUUCAAAAAACGCAAAGAACAGGGUCUUGUGGGCAAACCUUCACAACGUAAUGCUCUUUCUCUACAGGCUGGUCUGCGCACAUUACAUGACAUUGGACCAGAGAUUCGAAGGGCAAUAUCUGGAGACUUAACAGCAGAAGAGGAAUUAGACAAGGCCAUGAAAGAAGCUGUUUCUGCUGCUUCUGAAGAUGACAUUUUCAGGAGAGCUGGUGGCUUGUUUGGAAAUCAUGUCAGCUAUUACCAAAGUGAUGGCAGAAGCUCAUUCCCUCAGACAUUCACCACUCAGCGCCCUUUGCACAUCAACAAAUCUAGCAACAACCAGGGAGACACUGAAUCCCCAUCCCAUGAGAAGCUUGUAGAUUCCACCUUCACUCCAAGUAGUUACUCCUCAUCAGGUUCCAAUGCUAACAUCAAUAAUGCCAAUAAUACUGCCUUGAGCCGCUUUUCCAGUCCACCAAGCUAUCCCAACACCGUCAGCACCGUGGAUGGCCACAGCACCCCUUCAUCCACCACUGUACGGAUCCAGGAAGUUCCUUGGAAGCUCAGCUGCAGAAGGACGCAUUAUUAUGAAACACUAGGGAGAUCCUAUUCCAGAGACAGCCAGGUGGCAAUUGUUAGUGAAGAGGAAGCUUCUCAGGAGGAAGAAACAUACAAUGAGCAACUAAAUGAAGAAGCUGAAUAUUGUAGUGAACCAAAUCUGUUAUCCACUGAAAUGUUAUCAUACCAAGAUGAUGAACACAGACAGCUAACUCCCCCUGAAAACAAAGAAGGCAUCCAGCAGUCUCCAAAGAUUGGAUUUCUGCAUUCCUCAUCACUAAGUCGAAGAGCAUCCUUUCAUCUGGAGUGUCUAAAGAGACAGAAAAAUCAGAGUGCAGGUGUCCCACAGAAAACAAUAUUACCUUUGCAUCUAGUACAUCGUCAGGCACUAGCAGUUGCAGGUCGGAGUCCUCUUCGAAGUGGUCAUUUACCAGUAAGAUCUUCUCGAUCCUGUGGCGCAUCCUCUGCAAGACAUUGUACACAGGACUGGCCACAGGUUAAAGGCUUGUGGCCUGAUGAAGAGGAGUCCAACAAGAAACUCAAUAAUAGCUUCCCAUCAAUAUACUGCAGCUCCUCAUAUUGUGAUGGCACCAGCUCUAGCAGCACCCGAAAAGCCAGGCCAGUCUCCCUUACAGCUCCCAGUCAGACAAGAGAGUGUGGCAGGCAAUUUCACGGUAGUGCCAACAGCCUUGUUGAAGCGGUCUUGAUUUCGGAAGGACUGAUGCAGUUUGCGCAAGAUCCAAAGUUCAUUGAGGUUACCACCCAAGAGCUAGCUGAUGCCUGUGACUUGACAAUAGAAGAGAUGGAGAAUGCUGCAGACAACAUUCUCAAUGGUAACAGCAAACCAAGCCCCAAUGGCAACCUCUUGCCUUUUGUUAACUGCAGGGACCCAGGGCAGGACUGUAUGGGCGAAGAAGCAGAAGCAGCCCAAAACCCAGAUUGUAGGAAAAGUCAAGAGGAGCCUAAGGAUACCAGGAUUUAUAUCAGCAGCCUGUAGUUGCUGAGGCUGAAAGUGAUGCUGGUUUUUUAAUUUGUUUCAAUGUUCCUAAUGGGUUUGUUUCAGAAGUGCCUCACUGUUCUCGUGACCUGGAGUAACCAGAACAGCAUUCUUCAUUUAUUUCUGUCGGGAAGAAUCGCAGAGUUGGGUGGUGUAAAAGAGCUUUUCAGGAGUGAAUAUACAACCCCAGCAUGUGUCCAUGAAGGAAAAAUCAGGAGAAGGAAAAGGCAGUGUGUCAGCUCCCUUCUUUUUUCAGUCCCUGCACAAGGAACAACAGCUGCUUCCUGAAUGUGAAGGAAAACCUCAGCUUCCUGUGGAUGGCCGUAGCCAAAAGGACACUGUAUCAAGCAGGUGUCUUUCAAUUCUGCUUGUACAAAAAGGAAUCAUUUUGCACAUGUUCUGUAUGAGCCUCACUGUCUCCAUAAAGCCAAGACCCUUCUGAUCUACAAGUGGAAUAGACUUCUGCAACAGGUCCCACACACUGCUGAGGAGGAGGAAGCAGAAGUUGCAAGAUAGGAGAUGCAGGUGGCAAUAUUGCAGAUGUUUCUUGAUGGAAAUGCAGAGACUCCCAGGCAGUAUUCUCUGCCAACCAAUCAGAGCUCAGGCAGUCUUCUCUGCCAAACAGAGUUCAAGACAGCUAGCUGUGCCAAUGGCUCAAAGAGCACGAAGCCAGUUCUGUCAAAAGGAGUUCAGGCAACCCGCCCAUUUCUAAGAGAGGUGGCGAUGGGCUUAUGUAGAUCUCUCCUUGUUCUUGCUAUUUAAUAUUUUCUUGAAAGCAUGUUCCAAUUUUUAUUUUUGGAUACUUUAUUUUAUUGUAUUUUAUUUUUUAAGGGAGAGGGAUGGAGUGUUUACAAAAGUUUUGUAAUCACAUGUCUUUUUGUUUUUCACCUUCACAAAUGUUUAACAUUGAUUUAUUUUUUUGUUUUUGUUUUCCUCCACUGACAUUUGGUAGAAGCUAAUGAUAUUAGGAGUUUUGCCAACCAUAAUGUACACCAGACUUUGUAAUUUUA